AUUUCACUCAAGAGUCCAACACUAAAAAGGACACACUCCCCGCCUUGUCUCAUUCAGACUCUAAUCCCUCGACAAAACCUUGUGCUACGCCGUCACCUACAACCAAUCUCCGCCACUAUGCAAGCCCAUUUGCUUUCCCCUCCUAUAUACCCCACCACCACCUCCACCACCUCCACCACCCCGACUUUCAGCCCCCUUUUGCCCAAAUGUAGGACCCACUCAAGAAAACCACCCACCCUCACCAUCCGAGCCUCGUCAACCGAAACAGCGACCCCCCCACCACCACCACAGACCACUAACUCAACAGACCCGUCUCAGAAACUCAACAAAUUCAGCAGCCGCAUUACUCAACCCAAGUCACAGGGUGGUUCACAGGCGAUUCUGUAUGGAGUAGGAUUAACCGAUGAAGAUAUGAACAAACCCCAAAUAGGGAUAUCCUCUGUUUGGUAUGAAGGCAAUACUUGUAAUAUGCAUUUGUUAAAGCUUGCUGAAGCUGUGAAAGAAGGGGUUACAGAAGCUGGCAUGGUUGGGUUCAGGUUUAAUACUAUUGGUGUUAGUGAUGCUAUUUCAAUGGGGACUAGAGGCAUGUGUUUUAGCUUGCAGUCAAGAGAUUUGAUUGCUGAUAGUAUUGAAACUGUCAUGUCUGCUCAGUGGUAUGAUGGGAAUAUUGCCAUCCCUGGAUGUGAUAAAAAUAUGCCAGGCACAAUUAUGGCGAUGGGAAGACUAAACAGGCCAAGUAUCAUGAUAUAUGGUGGAACCAUUAAGCCUGGUCAUUUUCAAGGGCACACAUUCGACAUAGUAUCCGCUUUCCAGGUGUAUGGAGAGUAUGUUAGUGGUGCUGUUAGUGAUGAACAGAGGAUGAAUGUAGUUCGUAAUUCAUGUCCUGGUGCGGGGGCUUGUGGUGGAAUGUAUACAGCAAACACCAUGGCAUCUGCUAUUGAGGCAUUGGGCAUGUCACUGCCUUAUAGCUCUUCCACACCAGCUGAAGACUCACUAAAGUUGGAUGAGUGCCGCCUAGCGGGAAAAUAUCUUCUGGAACUGUUAAAGAUGGACUUGAAACCUCGAGAUAUCAUCACAGAGAAGUCCCUUCGAAAUGCAAUGGUAGUCGUCAUGGCACUUGGUGGAUCUACCAAUGCUGUACUACAUUUAAUUGCUAUUGCAAGGUCUGUUGGUUUGGAAUUAACUCUGGAUGACUUCCAAAAGGUUAGCGAUGAGGUUCCUUUCCUUGCAGAUCUGAAGCCUAGUGGAAAAUAUGUUAUGGAGGAUGUGCACAAGAUUGGAGGUACACCUGCAGUCAUCCGCCACCUGUUGGAGCUUGGGUAUAUGGAUGGGGACUGUAUGACUGUCACAGGAAAGACUCUGGCUGAAAAUGCAAAGCUAUUUCCUUCUUUAGCUGAAGGUCAGCAAAUUAUAAGACCACUAUCAAACCCCAUCAAAGAAACAGGCCACAUCCAGAUAUUAUAUGGGAAUCUUGCACCAGAGGGCAGCGUGGCAAAGAUCACUGGAAAAGAAGGGUUAUACUUUUCUGGCCCUGCCCUAGUGUUUGAAGGAGAGGAAGCUAUGCUUGCAGCUAUCUCAGAAGAUCCUAUGAGUUUUAAGGGAAAAGUUGUAGUCAUUAGAGGAGAGGGACCUAAGGGAGGACCAGGUAUGCCCGAAAUGCUGACACCCACAAGUGCAAUUAUGGGUGCAGGUCUUGGGAAGGAUGUUGCUUUACUUACUGAUGGAAGAUUUUCUGGAGGUUCUCAUGGAUAUGUUGUGGGGCAUAUAUGUCCUGAAGCACAGGAAGGAGGUCCAAUUGGUCUUGUUCAAAAUGGGGACAUAAUAACAAUCGACAUUCAGAAAAAGAAAAUGGACGUUCAGUUAUCAGAUGAGGUGUUGGAGCAGCGUAGAAAGAAUUGGACACCCCCUGCAUAUAAGGCUGACCGAGGGGUUCUCUACAAGUAUAUAAAAAAUGUGCAAUCCGCUUCCAAGGGAUGUGUUACUGAUGAAUAGAGAAGAAGCAUAUUUAUGAAAGCAUAGAGUGAACCUGGGAAAGCCUGAUUUUGUAAUUUUGCAUGCAGCUGCAAUUGUGGCGGCAUCGGCACGGCUCGUAGCCUAUUUAUUAGUAGAGGUAUCCCAUUUAUGUUUUCAGGUGUAAGUUUAUAUUAGUUGGUUCUUUGAAAGUAGAGAGCUAUGUUUUCCUUUUUUCAUUUCCUCAUUUUUCCUACUCUCUAUUUCUGGAACUCCCAGCUUGUUGAUUGGUAGUGAUUUAAAUUGUACAAUGCUUGGUGAAUAAUAUCUGAUAAAGAACAAUCACUUCUAUAUUAUGGAAAUUACCAAAAACUUGUAAUAA